GAGGAAGCGCCCGCCGCUCGCCCGCCGCUCGGGGUCGGGGUCGGGAGGCACUUUUCGACUGCAGAAAGAGAAAAAUGGUCGGUUGGCACGGAAGAGAGGCGGCUAUGAGGCAGAGCCCGGUGCUCAGGAGCCUGGUGACGCAUUCCUAAGGAAACGUGGGAUCGAGCCCACGGCUCCGGCCCCGCUCCCCCGGAGAGCAGCCCGCGCAGAAACCCCCCUGCUUCACCCUCCUGAUCUCCCUUCUCGUUCCGGAGCGGACAAGAUGCUGUAGGCUCCUGAGCGGCCUCUAGCAGUGCGCCGAGUCUUCCCGCCCCCUCGCAGCCAUGCCGCCUCGGCCCUCGUCCGGGGAGCUGUGGGGGCUCCACCUCAUGCCCCCGCGGAUCAUGGUGGACUGCUGCCUGCCCAACGGCAUGAUCGUCACGCUGGAGUGCCUGCGGGAAGCCACCCUCCUGGGCAUCAAGCACGACCUUUUCAAGGAAGCCAGGAAAUACCCCCUCUUCCACCUGCUACAGGAGGAGUCCUCCUAUAUUUUUGUGGGGGUGACGCAAGAAGCGGAGCGGGAAGAAUUCUUCGACGAGUCCCGGCGCCUUUGCGACCUGCGCCUCUUCCAACCCAUCCUGAAGGUCAUUGAGCCGGUGGGCAACCGAGAGGAGAAGAUCCUCAACCGAGAGAUUGGGUUCGCCAUCGGGAUGCCCAUCUGCGAAUUCGAGUUGGUCAAGGACCCCGAGGUCCAGGAGUUCCGGCGAAACAUCCUGUCGGUCUGCCGGGAGGCUGUGGAGACGCGGGGCUCCGCGGGCCCCCAGAGCCAGGCCUUGUACGUCUACCCCCCCAAUGUGGAGUCCAGCCCAGAAUUGCCCAAGCAUAUCUACAACAAGCUGGACAAAGGUCGGAUCAUAGUUACCAUUUGGGUCAUUGUGUCUCCAAACAACGACAAACAGAAAUACACGCUCAAGACCCCGCACGACGCGCUGCCGGAGCAGGUGAUCGCCGAGGCCAUCCGGAAGAAGACGCGCAGCAUGCACCUGUCCCCCGAGCAGCUGCGCCUGUGCGUGCAGGAGUACCAGGGGAAGUACCUCCUGAAGGUGUGCGGCUGCGACGAGUACCUGCUGGAGAAGUACCCGCUCAGCCAGUACAAGUACAUGAGGAACUGCAUCACCAUCGGCCGCCUGCCCCACCUGAUGCUCAUGAGCAAAGAGAGCCUCUACAGCCAGCUGCCCGCCAACGUGUUCGUGCUGCCCUCCUACGCGCGCCGCUCGGCCACCGCCUCGCACGUGAACGGAGACGUCCCCACCAAGUCCCUCUGGUCCAUCAACAGCCUCCUGCGCAUCAAGAUCCUCUGCGCCACUUACGUGAACGUCAACAUCCGGGACAUCGACAAGAUCUAUGUCCGGACGGGAAUCUUCCACGGCGGGGAGCCCCUCUGCGAUAACGUGAACACCCAGCGCGUCCCUUGCUCCAACCCUCGGUGGAACGAGUGGCUGUCCUAUGACAUCUAUCUCACUGACCUGCCGCGCGCCGCGCGCCUUUGUGUUUCCAUCUGCUCCGUGAAGGGACGGAAGGGGGCGAAGGAGGAGCACUGCCCCCUCGCCUGGGGCAACAUCAAUCUCUUCGACUACAAAGACACCCUUGUGGCGGGGAAGAUGGCGCUCAACCUGUGGCCAGUUCCCCACGGCCUGGAGGACUUGCUCAACCCCAUUGGCGUGGGGGGCUCCAACCCCAACAAGGAGACCCCGUGCCUGGAGCUGGAAUUCACCUGGUACAGCCACACGGUCAAGUUUGCCGACGCCACCGAAAUAGAGGAGCACGCGAACUGGACCAUGUCGCGGGAGCUGGGGCUCAACUACUGCAUGGUGGGACUGAGCAACCGCCUGGCCCGAGACAGCUCCCUCGACGAGAGCGAACUGGAGCAGCUCCGGAACAUCUGCAACCGGGACCCCCUUUCGGAGAUCACGGAGCAAGAAAAGGACUUCCUGUGGCGGCACCGGCACUACUGUGUCAACAUACCGGAGACCCUCCCCAAGUUGCUCCUGUCUGUCAAGUGGAAUUCACGGGACGAGGUGGCACAGAUGUACUGCCUGCUCCGGGAGUGGCCCCUGAUCAGGCCCGAGCUCUCCAUGGAGCUCCUGGACUGCAACUUCCCGGACCCGGCGGUGAGGGAGUUCGCCCUGAAGUGCCUCGUGAAGGGCCUCACGGACGACAAGCUCUCCCAGUACCUCAUCCAGCUGGUGCAGGUGGAAUUCUACUUCCUGUCUCCAUACGUGGCGGUCACGGAAACCCCGUUCCGGCACAUCCUGCACGGCCGGGGGCCCCACACGCUGGGGGCCCUGCUGGAGCACGCCAGCCUCCUGCGAGAGGCGCCGGAGGACUUCGACGAAAUCCAGUUCCGGCACCAGCUGGCGCUCGUCACCUGGACCCUGCAGGGGGCGGCGAAUGCCCUCAGCGGGGACGUCUGGAAUGUCGACAACAAUUUCUGA